AUGCUUGAAGCGUACGAGGAAGAAAUGAAGCUCUUCGACAAGCUGUCUGGACAUCAGAAUUAUCCGAAGCAUCUUAUCGAACUCCGAUUCAGCUACUUCUAUGCCGGUCGUUACUUCCUUGCGUUUCCUUGGGCUGAUGGAAACCUCCAAGAAUUCUGGGCGAAAGUCCCAAGGUUCAGCCCGUGUGUCAAGAGUGAUGCUGUUUGGCUUUUGACACAGGUCAUUGGCCUGGUACGGGCUUUGCAGAAGAUCCACUAUGUCAUCAGCAUAUCGUCGAAAACAGAUGAGCUCUCAGAUGUAUCGAACAACAAGAAGGACAGCCAGGUGUGGGGAAGACAUGGAGAUCUCAAGCCCGAGAACAUUCUUUGGCUCCAAACGCAUGACAACAUGCAAAACUUUCUGUACCACCUGAUGGCAUUUCUGGAUAUUCUGGCACAUACAGACCUCCAGAGAUUGAUCUAA